UGAGACGUUAGGUUUCGUUUCUUCCGUUUGAACCUCUUCCGCAAACAGCUGGCUUUAUAAAACAAGCGAGUGUGGUCACAACGGAUGCUGUGUAAAUCACCACACAGUCAGAGCCUUAGCAGAGAGCGGAGUAACAAUGAGCAGAAGAAGCCGAAAAAGUAAACUUUCUUAUGAGGAUGUGCGUUUGGUUGGAUUUGACUUUAUAGAGCUGCUGGAGGAAUCAAAUAGGAGAAAAAUCACGGAUAGAGUCGAACUCAAAAACAUUUACAAUAAUGAAUUUCGGGACAGGGACGGAGUCAAAGAUCCAAACUUCUCUACUGUCCUGUUUGCAUUAAAAACCAAGAAAAAGGUUCGCGUCACUAGAGAUGGACACGUUUACUUCAAUCCCCGAGUGCGAUUACAUGAUCAAUGGUUUAGACCCCCUACUAGUGGCCAGGAGUCUGCUGAUCCACCCUCAAUACCAGGACCAGAGAGUGGAGUCAGGGCAAGGAGAAAAAUGGCUAAGGACAUUCUGCGCCGACUCAACAGUGUAGACAGGUCUGUGUUUAUAGCUGAUAAGUUUGGGGUGCGGGUGUCUUCGGAGGUGCAAAUUGAGGACGGCAAGAUUCAGAUCUGUAUGGACAGUUCAGAAGAAUACGAGCUGAAGCUGUUUGUGGAGAACACUGGUCAAGAGGUUGUUAAAUUCACAUUCUACACGUUACUCCGCUGGCUGCCGUGUUUUUCUUUGGAAGACAGCAAAAAAGUGACGCGCAACAAUCCGCUACAUCUGCAAUCAAGUGAACGAUAUGAAGUGAUCAUGAAAUUCAAAUCAGAUCACAUGGGGGUUUAUCUUGCCACUCUGGCGUUUGAGUUCGAGACAGAGACCCAGGUCAACAAAUUCCACAUUGUGCGAUUCAUUGAAGCAGAUUACAGGUCAGAAAUCGCAGCUCUACUUGGUCCGAAAGAACCAUAUAAACCGUCAAGACUUGAGACCUAUAAACCAGACAGAUGCACCGUGGAAGAUGGUUUUCGACCGGAGGAUUCUUCUCGAAACUAUUUGAAAUAUGUUGUUCCACUGGAACAAUACAAUCUUCCUUUGCACAUCCGUGGACUGGCCAAUAUCCUGAAAGGCAACAAUUCUUUCCCAACCCCCACAAUAGAGCUUCAGGAACUUAGGUUGCUACUGGAGAGUGAUCUUGGUUUUCAUAACUACGCAAAACGCUUUGAUUUACUGCUGCACCUGGAGGAGGAUCAGAUGCGUAUGGACAUAAAGAGAUAUGACAAAAAUGAUGUCUCCAUGGAGAGGGACCGUGGAAAUAGACGACUGCUGGUCUUAGAGCUUCCUGGUGUGUCAGAAAACCGACCAUCUGUCCUAAGGGGAGAUCAUCUGCUUCUUACCAAAAGUGAGGAAGUCUCUGCCUCAAAUGUGACGAAAUACAAAGGCUUCGUCCACAGAGUAGAACUGGACCAGGUCAAACUGGGCUUCUCUAACAAGCUUCUUGAGAAUUUCAUCGAUAAUAUGAAAUUCCGUGUGGAAUUUACUGUCAACCGUCUCCCAGUAAAACUGCAACACCGAGCUGUAAACUUGGCGGUCAAGCACAAUCUUAGAGAUGUACUGUUCCCCUCUCGACCAAAAAACAUUAAACCUGUGUCUUCGCCUACACUGAGACUCUUUGAUCUUAACCUAGAAAGAAAUGGUGAACAGAAAACCGCAGUAUGCAACAUCGUGGCAGGUUUAUCUAAGCCGGCGCCGUAUUUGGUGUUUGGUCCUCCUGGCACUGGCAAAACUGUCACCAUUCUGGAGGCCAUCAAACAGGUGGAGAAGAAUGUAGCCGGUGCCUGUAUUCUAGCAUGUGCUCCAUCAAACAGUGCCGCUGAUCAACUGUGUGAAAAACUGAUCAGCAGCCAGCAUGUUGACAAAGCCAAAAUCUACAGACUUUAUGCCAGUUCACGCAAUCCGAAAGACAUCCCUGAAGUUCUGGUGAAAAACAGCAAUGUGGAGGGGGAUAUGAUUGUUUUCCCAUGUAAAGAGAAACUUAUGUCAUACAAAAUCCUGGUCAGUACGCUGGUCACUGCAGGCAGACUGGUCAGUGGGGGAUUUCAUGUGGGUCAUUUCACUCAUAUUUUUGUGGAUGAAGCUGGACAUGCUGUGGAGCCGGAGACCAUCAUCAGUGUGGCAGGAUUGCUGAAUGCAGAGGAUGGACAGCUUGUUUUGGCUGGGGAUCCUAAGCAGUUGGGGCCAAUUCUCAGAUCUCCUUUUGCCAUUAAAUACGGACUGGGUCUUUCAUUGCUGGAGAGGUUGAUGACAAAGAAUGAUCUUUAUCAAAAAGAAACAACAGGAUAUGAUAACCGCUAUGUCACCAAGCUGCUGCAGAACUACAGGUCUCAUCCAUCCAUACUGAAAGUUCCUAAUGAGUUGUUCUAUGAUGGAGAGUUGGAAGCUUGUGCAGAUGAGAUCAGCUCCAGCCAGUACUGUAACUGGGACCCCCUGCCUAAAAAAGGCUUUCCUGUGAUUUUUCAUGGUGUGCUUGGUAAGGAUGACAGGGAGUCAAACAGCCCCUCAUUUUUCAACACCUCUGAAAUUACUAUCAUCAUUGAAUACCUGGAGAAGCUGCUCCUGACACAGGCCAAGAAGGGCAUUGCUAAAAUCUCCCCCAAAGAAAUUGGCAUUGUCACCCCCUACAGGAAGCAGGUAGAGAAAAUUAGGCAGGCCAUCAGAUUCCACCAUAAAGAGCUUAGAUCCUGCAGGGGCAUCGAAGAGCUGAAGGUCGGUUCAGUGGAAGAGUUUCAAGGCCAGGAGAGGAAAGUGAUAAUAGUAUCAACUGUUCGCAGCAGCAAGGAAAACAUCACUUUUGACGAAAAAUUCAAUAUUGGGUUCCUCAAAAACGAGAAGAGAUUUAAUGUGGCAGUGACAAGAGCUAAAGCUCUGCUUAUCGUAGUGGGAAACCCCAUCAUACUAAAGACAGAUGCAAACUGGGGCAGGUUUAUUGAUUAUUGUGAUGAGAAUAGAAGUUAUAAAGGAUAUGAUAUUUCCUACUUGGAAGACGUGGAUGACGUUACUGGGCGUUUGCUUGAUCUUGACAUCCGCACAGAGGUGGUUGUGGAAACAGAGGAAAGUGUUGUUCAACAGUUUCAGCAUCCCGAGUGGAGACAUGAGCACUGAAAUUGAAAGCUUCUCCAUGGCUACAACGCUUUCGCCCCACCCUAUACACCUUUACAUGCAUUCAUUUAGCAGACACUUUUAUCCAAAGUGACUUACAAAUGAGAACAUUUAGCAUUUUGUCAGAGGAGCCAAGAAAAAGCGUCGUCUCUACUUGUGUGUUUUAUAUGAAGUCUAUCAUUUUAGCUUAUGCAUUUGAUGUGUAUGAAGGUAUUCUCAGGUCUAGAACGUAUGCAUUGUUUUCCUACAAUAAAACUAUUUCUAAGAUUUCUGUUAACUCAAGUUUGGCUGCUUUCAUUUGGGGUGGUUUCCCGGAGAAAGUUUAAGUCUAGGUCUAAGACUAAAAUGCUUGUUUGAACUGUCUCGACUGAAAACAGCUUGCACUGAUAUAUCUUAACAUUUAUCAGUGCCAUUGUUUUAUGCACAGCAGUAAUGUUUUUCUAAGGUAUGUUUGUUUAAACGACUUAAAUGUCCUAAUAUAACAAAGGCCUGGUCCUGGCUUAAUCUAAACCCUUACAGGUUACAUGUUGGUAAUGAUGGCUGCACAGCUGUUAAUGCACCACGGAUGACUACCACUGUUUGUUUUAGGGUGGGUUUUGUUUGCGUUCUUAUUGGCUUGUUUGGACAUUGGAAAUUUGUGUUUGAGGAUUACGUCAGCGAGUUCUCAAUCUACUCGACUUUAUUUACUUUUUAAACGAUAAUGCAUUGUUUUUACUGUAAACCUGCUGUGCAGUGAGAAUCAUGAUCAAAAUGUUUUACACAGUCUUGUACAAUUUAUUAUAUCAAUUAUGUGUCAAUUAAAAUAUUUGAAUUACA